CUGGGAGAGCAGAGUAGGGCCGGGCCGAGCAGAGCUGAGUGGAGCAGUCAAGUCUACCCGAGUGGAGCCCAGCGAGCCUCACCAAACAGCACUGGGUCGAGCUCAAGUGGCGGCCACCACCAUGAAGCGGGACCGACUCGGCCGCUUCCUGUCGCCUGGGGCGGCCGGGCAGCGCGGGGGCUCGGGCGGCGGCUGUGGCAGCGGCCGGGCUCGGGGCCGCCCCUCCCGCAGCAGCGGGCCAAGCGUGGACCGGGCGGCGGCCUUCGUGGCCGCGGCGCGGGCGUGCGGGAACGCGGGCGAGGACGGCGCAGACGAGGCAGGAGCAGGCCGGGCUCUUGCCAUGGGGCACUGUCGCCUGUGCCACGGGAAGUUUUCCUCGAGAAGCCUCAGAAGCAUCUCUGGCAGGGCACCUGGAGAGAACUCAGAAAGACCAUCCCCUGGGGAUCGUGUCUUCAUCAGGGACUUCCAAAGCCUGCUGGGUGUGGCUGUGCACCAGGACCCAGCCCUGCCUCAGUUUGUCUGCAAGAACUGCCACGCCCAGUUCUACCAGUGCCACAGUCUCCUCAGGUCCUUCUUGCAGAGAGUCAAUGUGUCACCGACCAGCCAGCGGAACCCUUGUGCGAAGGUUGGUGUUCAGCCCCCAACAGUGGCGGAGGAGGGAGCUUGUCUGGUGGAUCUGAUCACCUCGAGCCCCCGCUGCCUGCAUGGCUUGGUGGGGUGGGUACACGGACACGCGGCCAGCUGCGGGGCCCUGCCCAGCCUCCAGAGGACACUGUCCUCCGAGUAUUGUGGCAUCAUCCAAGCUGUGUGGGGCUGCGAUCAGGGCCAUGACUACACCAUGGACACUGGCUCCAGCUGCAGAGCCCUCUUGCUGGACAGCACCUUGGCAGUCAAGUGGGCGUGGGACAAGGAGACAGCACCACCCCUGGACCAGAACCCGGAGUCCAACCCCACUGGGGCUGCCCCUGAGCUCUGCCAGGGCAGAGGGACCACAGUCGGGGCUGAGACCAAGACUCUGCCCAGCACAGAUGUGGCCCCACCACCUUCAGAUGGCAACUCUGUGGGACCUGGGCCAGGCCCUCCACCUCAGCCAAGCCUGGCCCCCAGUGAGGCUCCAGGGCAACUGGGUGAGAAGCAGGUUCCAUCUUCAACCUCGGAUGAUCGGGUAAAAGACGAGUUCAGUGACCUUUCUGAGGGAGACAUCCUGAGUGAAGAUGAGAACGAAAAGAAGCAAAACACACCGUCCUCGGACGAGUCCUUCGAGCCUUACCCAGAAAAGAAAGUCUCUGGUAAGAAAAAUGAAGGCAAAGAAGCCAAGAAGGCUGAAGAACCAAAACUUCGAAAGAAACCUGGGCCCAAGCCUGGAUGGAAGAAGAAGCUCCGAUGUGAGAGGGAGGAGCUGCCCACCAUCUACAAGUGUCCUUACCAAGGCUGUACGGCCGUGUACCGUGGGGCUGACGGCAUGAAGAAGCACAUUAAGGAGCACCAUGAGGAGGUCCGGGAGAGGCCCUGCCCCCACCCAGGCUGCAAUAAGGUGUUCAUGAUCGACCGCUACCUGCAGCGCCAUGUGAAACUCAUCCACACAGAGGUGCGUAACUACAUCUGUGACGAAUGUGGGCAGACCUUCAAGCAGCGGAAGCACCUUCUUGUCCACCAGAUGCGCCACUCGGGAGCCAAGCCACUGCAGUGUGAGGUCUGUGGGUUCCAGUGCAGGCAGCGAGCAUCCCUCAAGUACCACAUGACCAAACACAAGGCAGAGACUGAGCUGGACUUCGCCUGUGACCAGUGUGGCCGGCGGUUUGAAAAGGCCCACAACCUCAACGUGCACAUGUCCAUGGUGCACCCUUUGACGCAGAUCCAAGACAAGGCCCUGCCCCUGGAGGCAGAGCCCCCGCCCAAGCCCCUGAGCCCUUCUGGGACUGUGGAAGGCCAGGCUGUGAAGCCUGAGCCGACCUGAGGACUGCAGGUGGGACGAUGGGCACAUUGAG